AUUUGAACGUAGAGCAUCGCAUCGCAGCCCAUGCAGGAGGUGCUGCAGGCCUAAACCGGUCGCCAGCCACUCGUAUUGUUGCAUUCUGGUCCUUUUAGUGUCUCGCGCGGCGCGUGUCCCCGCAUUCCUUUUUCGGCAAGCAAAAGAUCCCGUCCAGCUUUCCGCCUCAACUUCAACCUCACUUCAACCCCCCCCCGUGCUCGCCGUCACCAUGUCUACCCCCCGCUGCUGCGACUAAGUUGGGUCGUUGAACCAAGACGAUGAUCUCGCGUCCGCCCGUGCUGGACCCACCACGCUUUGGAGAAUAAACGAAACGAAAAAUGUCUUCCAGACCGACCCAUUCUCAGCUCAGCCUGGCUGCCUUUGCGGCACCGCAGUCACCGCGGACGAUGCGAACCCUCCGAAAGAUCCAGUCACACCAGGUUCUAUCAACGUCAUCUUCCGCGUUUUCCUCCCAAGCGGUUCAUGCGUCUGUGCCGAGGAAAGCCUCGGGUUCGGAAGGCCUUGCGCCCCCUAUAGAUUUCAACACCACACAUCGUACACGCCCCCGCCGAGGCCGAUCAAACAGUGACGCUGGAGCUCAGGACAGCGGUGGGAGUCAGCCAGCAAAACGGCCGGCACGGAAGACAGGCUCUGGUUUUGGGGUUCGGAAGUCGGCUCUCGAAAGCUUGUUACGUGACGGGCUGCAGAACGGCAAUGUUGUCGAAGGUCUGAAAGAGUUGAGGUAUUUGGUAUUGUCAACAGGAGUCGAGGCAGAUGGGGAUGGUAUGUCUGGCUAUCGGAUCUAUCUAUGGCUUGUUCUUCUCGAAGUCCCCCCUCUGCCGACCGACGAAUAUCUCUCUCUGAUUCAUCGCGGUCGCUCCCCGGCCUAUGCAAAGAUCCGCAACGAUACGUUUCGUACAUUAGCGACUGACCCCCUAUUCAAACGCCGUGUGACAGAAGCAAGCUUGAUACGGCUCCUAAACGCCACUGCAUGGAAAAUUCACGAUGCCAAGGCCCAAACAAAAUCACUCGGACCGUCUCCCCGAAGACGAGCCAGGCAAUCGUUGGUCGACACCCCUCCCAGUAUUGCCGAAGAGACUUUGUACACUGCCGGGGAAGACAUGAGCGAGGCAGCCAUGUACGUCCAGGGCAUGAAUGUUCUGUGCGCCCCAUUUUUAUACGCGGCACGCAGUGAGGUUGAAGCCUUUGCGCUGUUUCACUACUUUGUGACUCGCGAAUGUCCAGGCUACAUACGAGGUGCAAUGGAUGGAGUGCACAAAGGCCUUCGGCUGGUUGACAGAUGCCUGGAGAUUGUCGAGCCGAAACUCGCAGCGUAUCUGUUCUCAAAGGGAAUGCAUGCCGAGCUCUACGCCUUUCCGUCCGUCCUGACCCUCUGCGCCUGUACACCUCCUUUGCCAGAGGUUCUCCAUUUAUGGGACUUCUUAUUCGCCUAUGGACCUCAUCUGAACAUUUUGUGCAUCGUCGCUCAGUUGAUUCGCAUGCGGGAUACCAUUCUCGAUAGCCCAAGCCCGAACAAAAUCCUUCGGUCUUUUCCACCUCUUGACGCCAAGGAUAUCAUCGCAUUGACUGUCCUGAUUGUUCGCAAGAUACCCGACGACCUCUACGCAGAGUUGAUUGACCAUGCCAAAUGACGACGCGAUGAGUUAUACUUGUAUUUUAUUGCCGAUGUUACUAUUGUGAUUGUAUCUUUUUUCCCCCUAACCAUACGCUUUGCCUACUAAUAAUGCUUUAUGAGUUCUUUUUAUCUACAGGGCGUUUGUGACUCUUCUGACGAUUGAAUGAUGUGCAAAGCGGAAGAAUGAAUGC